AUGUCUGGACAGAAUUUAUUAAACAGUGUAUUCUCCUGCUCAUCACCAACAGCCCCCAAAGUGCUUUCUAAACACAAGCUCAGGCAGACUCGCAGCCUGGACCCAGCCAUCAUUCGCAACUAUGGCAGCGAUCUAGCAGAACAUCCACUGGGGGAAUAUGAAGAGCACAUCGCCGGCUGCAGCAGCCAGGGGAACAGGUGGCUAGAGGCUGAUAGCUCGGGGGGCUCUAUCCUGCCUCCAGGAGAAUCCCCAGCCAUGUCUAAAUCCCUGCGGCUCAAGCCGAGACCCGUGCCUCUAGGCUCCUUCUCUACCCCAUCAACGCCCCUAGAAAAAUCCCCCUCCACCAGCUUCAUCUUUGACUACGAGGUUAGGGGGAUCAAGAGGAAUACUGCCUGGGACCUGCCCUUCCUGGCUCGCAGCCCUCUGGCUCUCACCCCCAGCGGCAGCACCAACAGCAUCUUCUCCCCCAGGAAGUGGCUGCAGCAGAAGAAGGUCCAGCCCCAAAGCAGCCAGUCCUAUAUUGUGUGGAAGUCAGAGGUAGGAUGCUGA